AUGUACCAUUUAUGUCUAGCCAACUCCGGCCGCACGGCGAACCCUUUCCUAUCUAUACAUCUUUCGGAACUUACUUCCACCACAAUUAGCGCCGAUCCAUAUAAGCCCGCAGUCAAGCUCGACUGGGUGGCGCUGGCCUCUUGCCCUUCCUACCUUCCAUCCAUCCAAACGACGUAUCCAUCGCACCGCCCAUGCAACUGCAACGUGACCAUGAAAGGUCUCCUUCCUAUGUCCUAUGGGAUUUCGCCCAAUGGACGCAGGUCGCUUGUCAACUUUGUCGAAGUAGGUAUCGGAUCCAAUGUGAUGGGUGGCUUGCGGGAUGUGGAAAUUGUCAGCGAUAUGGGCUCAGUUGCGUGUAUUCUCACACCAUAUCCAUUCGAGCCAAGCGACGGAAAUGCCCCAAACUCCACUCCGGGCUGGGCUCAAUAUUCCUCCCCUCUUUUCCUGAAUCUUAACACAGAUAUCGAUGAAAUGAAUACUGACGUGCCGGUAUUGCAGACUGGAAAUCCUAUGCCUUGUUUUAAUAAUUAUCUUAUUAUUCCCGAGCCCACGGUUGAUGUGUAUGUGCCAUUCGACUCGUAUUCCUCCGCCGCACACGUAACUUCGACUCAGGAGAGGACCACUGCCCAUCAUGACGUCCUUGAAUCACCUCCCUGGCAGGACCUUUCUGCUCGAGCUCCCAAUGUACCAUACCUCCUCUUGCCAGAUGAUCUCCCUUCCCCUCACAGAAUCCAAAGACCCUCAGAAAUGAUGCCUCCCCUCCGCCUUCACGUUGGUUCUCCGGCCCUCGCAUCCGCAAAGCGGAAGAUUCGAAGGCACGAAGCCAAGUUCUUCUGCGUCAUCGCUGGGUGCGGUCACGAUUUCACCACUAAACAGAAUCUCAAGAGUAUGUUCAACGUCAUUACCGUAUUCUCCCUAUUUGUUUGA